UUCAAACGUUCCUUAUCAGUGUCUCCAAAUGACCGGUGACGACUGUGACCGGGACGUAUAAAACCGUGUUUGCGGCCACUGUAGGCUUACAUUUGAAUACACUGACAAUGAGGACACUUCUGGUUGCCUUCCUGGCAUCUCUUGCAAUUCUGCAAGGAGCGGAGUCAGACACAAUUUCCUGUACUGGUACCCAUCGCUACCACGCCACAGGCACGGCUUACUAUCCGGACAAUAGCCCUAUUGAGGGAGGAUUCGUAGAUAUGCAAGACACGCCCUUACAAACACUUCAGGCGUACCUUGAAGGAAAGGCCUCCGUGGUUACUGUUGCUAUGGACAAUCACGCCGGUAUUCGUUACGACACGCCCGUUUGCAUUCCAGAACUGAACCAUAAGUACAAUCGAUUCAUCGAUUUCAGGGUUCGUGACACCGGCCCUGCAUUCGCACACAAGGGCCACUCGAGAAUCGACAUCUGCGUUCGCACUCGUCACGACUCGUUCGAGAAUACGAUCAAUGGGCCAUUGACGCUGGUUUUCCAUUGAUGAUAUAAUUAUACAAUUAUGUAUUA